CCCGCGUGAUUGGCUGUAGGUCAACUCGUCCGCCUGCCGUGCAGCAUUCACAGCAGCGGCGUUUCAAAUCAGCCUCAUCACCAUCAUCAUCAUCAUCAUCUCCACGUCUGAUUGAAUUCAAAAAAAAGGGGAAAAACGGUCGCGUGGGUGUGCGCGUUUUCUUGUUCUUGCACUGGCGGCUGGUUUCGAGGAUGGCCGAGAGCGAGGCAGAUACGCCGAGCACGCCGAUUGAGUUUGAGAGCAAAUACUUCGAGUUUGAUGGAGUGCGGCUGCCGCCCUUCUGCAGAGGGAAGAUGGAGGAGAUCGCCAACUUCUCCCUCAGAAGUAGCGACAUAUGGAUCGUCACCUACCCGAAGUCAGGCACCAGUCUUCUUCAGGAGGUUGUGUAUCUCGUGAGUCAGGGAGCAGACCCAGAUGAAAUCGGCCUUAUGAACAUUGAUGAACAGCUGCCUGUCUUAGAAUACCCCCAACCUGGCCUGGACAUCAUACAGGAGCUGACAUCCCCUCGUCUGAUCAAAAGCCAUCUUCCCUAUCGAUUCCUCCCCACAGCCAUGCACAACGGAGAGGCCAAGGUGAUUUACAUGGCACGUAACCCUAAGGACCUGGUGGUGUCGUACUACCAGUUUCACCGCUCUCUCAGGACCAUGAGCUACCGGGGAACCUUCCAGGAGUUCUGCCGGCGCUUCAUGAAUGACAAGCUGGGAUAUGGUUCCUGGUUUGAACAUGUUCAGGAAUUUUGGGAACAUCGUAUGGACUCCAAUGUCCUCUUCUUGAAAUAUGAAGACAUGUACAAGGAUCUGGGGACGUUGGUGGAACAGUUAGCCCGAUUCCUGGGUGUUUCCUGUGACAAGGCUCAGCUAGAGGGCAUGGUGGAGAGCUGCAACCAGCUAAUUGAGCAGUGUUCCAACUCAGAGGCACUGUCCAUCUGCAGGGGUCGUGCUGGUCUGUGGAAGGAUGUCUUCACAGUGUCUAUGAAUGAAAAGUUUGACGCCGUGUACAGACAGAAGAUGGGCAAGUCCGACCUGACCUUUGACUUCUGCCUGUGAGGAGCACCUGACCCCGCCCUCACCCCGUACCGCCUCUGUACCCCCAAUGAUCUACUGCAGUACAGUCGACACUUCCCACCACGCUCCCACGUCUCCAUUCAGUCAGUCAGUCUGAAGUUUAACAGUGCAGUCUGACAGUGGGAUCACACUACAAGACUUUUCCCAGAAUGCAAUCUGUCUAAAUAUGUUCAACCCAUCCUUGUGGACUGAUCAAAAUGAGUCCAGAUUUCUUAAGAAUUCACUGAAAUUUCUUGGUCAAUAGUUAAACCAAACCUCCCUCAGCCCCUACCUCCACAGUAUGUUCCCACUGCUGUGUAUGUACAUGUGUAUAUACUAACCAGGGUUUGACCGAUAUGGGAUUUUAAAGGCAGAUACUGAUACUCAACACCAAUAUCGAUAAUGUCAAUAUUUACAUUAAAAUUCUCCUACAAUAUGGCCGCAUUCACAACAGGGAUUCAGUAACAGGGAUUCAGGCUAUGUGCAGAUAUUAUAUGACUGAAAUACACAGACAAACCAGCCAGUUCAGCCAUUCAGUGUUUUCAUGUUAGGGUUGUCCCCCUUCCAGACGAAGUCCCUUUCCAUUAUUUGCAAAUCCAUGAAAAAUCUGUGUAUGAAAAUGAUUAGUUAGUGGAAAGUAUUGUCUAGGCACUUCUCAAGGCAAAAGUGUUUAUAUUUGUUCCAAAUGGUAACUUGAGGUAAAAAGCUGGCUGUGACAGGGUUGAGAUGUAAAAGCUGUUCAACUGGGGAUAGUGGCAUUCAUAGUGUUGCAUUCAUUUGCUCACCUCCGAGGCUGACCCAGAACAUGCUAGAGGGUUAUAAAUCCUUCCUGACCUUGGACCCCCUUGGAGAGGCUUUAGGAAGUAGCCAUGGUUCAUGGAUAUGAGCAACUUUGUUUAGUCUACUACUACUGUGACCAUGUUACAUGCUAAUGUAGGCUAAUGUACAAGUUCAUGAAGGUGGGGGCCGCAGGCUGGAAUUGAGCCUGUGGCUGCUGCAGGUGGGUCACAGCCUUUGUACAAGGGGCGCCUGCUCUACCCACUGAGCCACUGGGCAUCCCAUUUUUAUGUUAUUAUUUGGCGGAAAUGUUGGAAGUUGGCGGCACAGUGGUGCAGUGGUUAGUAUUGUUGCCUCACAGCAAGAGGUUUCUUGGUUUGAGCCUGGGGUGGGAGAGCCCUUCUGUGGGGUGUCUGCAUGUUCUCCAACCUACGACUUCAGACUUGACUUGGGCUUAUCAAUCUUGACCCAGGACUUGAUUUAGGACUUGUCAGGCUUGACUUUGGACUGGACUUGGGAUUCGAUUCAGGACUUGCUUAUCUUGACAUGGAACUUGUCAGUCUUGAUUUGGAACUUGUCAGUCUUGACUUUGGGCCUUGACUUGGGACUUGAUUUUGGACUUGCCUGUCUUGACUUGGGGCUUGUCUCAAUGUCACAGAUCUGGUGUUUAUAUUCUAACUGAACAAACUGGAAAAACCUCUAAGUCUCUUUAGCCAGGCAACACUAACAUCUGCCCUUAAUCUGCCACUUGUCGGUCUAACCCUGACACUGAGUGCAUUAGCAGUUGUCUUGAUGCAGCAGUGGCUCCAGGCCAAGUGGAUGCAUGGAAGGUAACUGUAAGAGGUGAAGCCAAACCUGUAGAGAAGAUGCCAAUCACGCCUAAAUCCAUCCAGCAGCUCACUGUCAAUGCUUGGACAUUGUUGUGUUAGAUUAUCUUUUUUUUUUUUUUUUUUUUUUUUUGCUCAUAGUGUUGCAGGGUUUUCAGCCUCAUCACUGAUUGUCACUUAUAUGUGAGCUUCAUGUAUGUAUAUGGAUGUAUGUGAGUGUGUGUGUGUUAGAAAGAGAGGGAGAAAGAGUGAGGGAGUUCUGUCUUGUUAGUGCUCAUUUAUACUAACAGAAUGUAUCAGGGUUUCCAGACUGACUUAGACAUUAAAUUCAAGGAUUCAUCAAUGAUCUUUAGUGGUAUCAAAAAACAACAACAACAAUAACAACAACAAAAAGCAGGAUGUGACCGUGAGAAUAGCACCAGAAUUUUCUUCUCACUUUAAAACAAAAACCAUCAGAAUAAUUUGACAAUCACAUACAAGUUGGACAAGUAACGGCUUUAAGGAGCAGCAUACUCAAUUCUUAACACAUUGCUUGAGAUUUUGUGACAACAUGAUGGCUACGUUAUCAGCAUUUGAGACACAAUUUGUUGUUGCACUGUAUUUACUGUGUAUAAUAAAAUAUAUAUACCCUGGGGUGGUAAAAAUGAGCAGCUGCUGCUCAGUUGCAGAUGCAGCUGUGCCAAACACUGUAGAUAAUAUAUAAUGUACUGUCCCCCAGUUAUAAAGGCAGAUUUCAAACCCUCAUCUUCAAUGUUUAAGGUCCAUGCAGAUACAAUUUAAGGUUUGGGGCCUAUACGUGAUUUUUAGGCCUCUGCAUCAGUGACGGCCGUGGCACUAUGUUUCGGGUUGUCCGUAGUGUUUGUCUGUCCCCUGUGUACAACUUGAGGGAAUUUCUUCAAAUUUGGCAAAAAACAUUCACUUGGACUCAAGCAUGAAUUGAUUGGAUUUUGGUGGUUAAAGGUCAAGGUCACUGUGACCGUGUCUGUCUUAUUCUUGUGAAUAUGAUAUCUCAAGAACACCUUAAGGUAAUUUCUUUAGAUGUUUCAGACAAUCGACCGAAGAAUAAACUGAUUAGAUUUUUGUGGUUGAAGGUUAAAGGUCAAGGUCAGUGUGACUUCAAAAAAUGUGUUUUUGGCCAUAACUCACAAAAACUUCACACAAAUGUCUAAUAGGAUAAAUUAAUGAAGUAAUAAUAUAUAUAUAUAUAUAUUAUAUCCAAAAGACCAAAGGUCAGCUUCACUGUUACAUCAUAAUAUUCCAUAUAAAACAUUUUUCAGGGCAUUAUUUAAUGUCAUAUCUCAGGAACGGAAGGGGAGACAUUUGGUCACUGAAUUGGUGACUCUAAUCCUGGGUGUGGGGUUUGGGCAGAGGUUUAAACCUCUAAUGGUGUGUUCACACUGAAUGUGAUGCAAAGUUGCACGCCGCAUUACUUGGUCUGUUCAUGUUUUUGCAUUGACUUGGGAUCAGGCUCAUUGACUCGGAUUCAGUGUGAACAUACCAUAAGCCAGAUCACACAUCUGAUUACAAUCCGUCUUCUGGCUACAUCCACAUGAGGGUCAGCCCUACAUCAGUCCAGAGGGUGGUAAUAAUGCCCCUGAAGCUGUUUGAUAACAGCUAAAACACACUAGAACAAGAGAAACUUCACAUCACAACAACAGUUUAAUUAGGUAGCUAAUAACGCCUUCACAGGCUCUAACUCACCAUUCAGGGGUCGUACUGAUCAGGAAUCCAACCGUAAAGCAGCAUGCCACUGUCUGUAUGUGGUUUGAAUUGAUAGAGCCAUUUUAUUCCUCUGUCACUUUGCAUGUGACAGAAAGAAAAUGGCUAAUUUCAGUGUAAUAUCAGUGUCACCUCAGCUGCUGUUAUCUUGAGGGCAUACCCUGUACAAGAGACCAUUUACUGACAUUGUUACACUUGGGAGGAAUAACAUUUAGUAUGCAUCAGAUGGAUGUAUUUACACCUAUUAAACAUCUCAGAUGUCAAUCCAUCUCUAAUGCUUUUUGGAUACAUUUACACUUGGCUUUUUAGCUAUCAGAUAGCUAUCUAAUCCACACACUCUUUUCCUGUGUGAAUCAUAUUACCACUGAUGGGUGAACAGCGUCCUUUCUCUCUCUUUCUCUCUGUUUUCUCAGAAAAGUCAGGUUUUGGCUGCAGGAGAGGAGAGAGCAGAGUAUUAACCCAUAACCAGCAUUAACUAUGUUUUGUAUUCUGCAACUCACUGUAGUGUCAUGACAGCAGCAGUAUCUGGAAUCAGACUAUUAACCUGAGGCAUCACUUACAACCGGUCCAGCACCUCUUCCACAGUUGUCACAGCAAUUUCCAGUCCAGCAGACCAGUCCCUGCGCUUUACCAGACACUUGUGAAUGUCUUUAUUGUGUGGAUGCAAACAACAACCUCGGCACUCUGGUCCCGCCGCCUCUUUUACGGCUGCUCAUUCUUUCCUCCCAUUGUUCUUUCUUCUCUCUGUCACUCUGUUUACAGCCGUUGGCAAGGCUUCAGCUGCCCAUCUCCACUUUUAUGGUUUGUUUGGGUUUUUAUACAUGCCUGUCUCUGUUUCCUGGGCAUCUUGCGUUGUAUUUUACAUGCUUUGCUUGCUGGUUUAUUAAUAAAGUUGUGUCUUCAGGCAAUAUCUGAUGACUGUGUCU